AUGGACAACCCAACAACCACCGUUUGGAACCACGUCAUUAGAGGCUAUGCCCGCAGCCACACGCCUUGGAAAGCCGUGGAAUGUUACACUCACAUGGUGUCUUCUAAGGCUGAGCCUGAUGGGUUCACGCACUCGUCUCUGUUGAGUGCGUGUGCGCGAGGUGGGUUGGUAAAAGAAGGGGAACAGGUGCAUGCCACGGUUUUGGUAAAAGGGUAUUGCUCCAAUGUUUUUGUGGACACGAGUUUGAUCACUUUCUAUGCUGGGCGCGGUGGCGUUGAGCGGGCGCGCCAUGUGUUUGAUGGUAUGCCGCAGAGAAGUGUUGUUAGCUGGAAUUCUAUGCUUGCUGGGUAUGUCAGGUGUGCCGAUUUCGAUGGGGCUAGGAGGGUUUUUGACGUGAUGCCGUGCAGGAAUGUUGUGUCUUGGACCACCAUGGUUGCCGGGUGUGCUCGGAAUGGGAAGAGCAGACAGGCUUUGUUGUUGUUUGGGGAGAUGAGGAGAGCAUGCGUGGAGUUGGAUCAGGUGGCGUUGGUGGCGGCUUUGUCCGCGUGUGCUGAAUUAGGGGAUUUGAAGUUGGGAAGAUGGAUUCAUUGGUAUGUUCAACAGCGGUUUGUGGCGAGGAACUGGCAGCAGCCCUCUGUGCGUUUGAACAAUGCACUCAUACACAUGUAUGCUAGUUGUGGAAUCCUUCACGAAGCUUAUCAAGUGUUUGUCAAGAUGCCUCGGAAAAGCACCGUAUCUUGGACUAGCAUGAUCAUGGCUUUUGCGAAACAGGGACUCGGGAAGGAGGCCCUUGAUCUGUUUAAGACUAUGCUCAGUGAUGGUGUAAAAGUAGAUGGAGUAAGGCCUGAUGAAAUAACCUUCAUUGGAGUUCUUUGUGCUUGUAGCCAUGCAGGGUUUGUAGACGAAGGACACCAAAUUUUUGCAUCCAUGAAGCAUACCUGGGGAAUCAGCCCGAGUAUUGAACACUACGGAUGCAUGGUUGAUCUCUUGAGUCGCGCUGGAUUAUUAGACGAAGCACGAGGACUUAUUGAAACUAUGCCCUUAAAUCCUAAUGAUGCGAUAUGGGGUGCCCUUCUCGGUGGUUGUCGAAUUCACAGGAAUUCGGAGCUAGCAUCACAAGUGGAAAACAAGUUAGUACCUGAGCUCAAUGGUGAUCAAGCUGCGGGCUAUCUUGUGCUCUUGUCAAACAUAUAUGCUUUUGGUCAAAGGUGGCAGGAUGUCAUUACAGUGAGACAGAAGAUGAUUGAGAUGGGUGUGAAAAAGCCUCCGGGCAGAAGUUGGAUCCAAAUUAAUGGAGUUGUCCAUAAUUUUAUAGCAGGUGACAUGACUCAUAAACAUUCAUCUUUUAUCUAUGAAACCCUGCGUGACGUCACCAAGCAGGCCAAUUUGGAAGGCUAUGACAGAGAGAUAAUUGUUUUCUUGGAUGUUGAGGUGUAG